UUCAGAAAGAAAUCAAAUCACACAACCCCAGGAGUGGCAUACUGCCGCGUCCGUCUCACUCAAAGUUCGCCAUCCGUCUGUCUAUCUAGCUUCCCUCGUGAUCGAAGUCUUCAACCCCUGUUCGCUGUCACCGAUCGCGGCUGCUUCCUCGAGAUCGGUGUCCGUCGUCUUUGUCUGCUCAGCCGCGCUUCCGUCGCCGUUUGUUUGCCGUUCACGUUCGCGUCUUCGUUCAGCUGUCGUCUUCGUUCGCGUUCUUCGGCGUUCACUGUUCGCGUUCACUCGCCGUUCACCGUUCGAGAUCGCAUUCGUGUUCGUCUGGAAGCCACGUUGCUCUGCUUCAAACACUGCGACCAACCCGCGCGCUUCACCUAGCCGUCGAACUGCUCUCUUUUGUCGCCGCCGAAAGCGGGGAGUGAAGGAGGAGAGGAGGAGCAGGAGCAGGAGGGAAAGGUGAUUAAGAUUAAGAGACGUGUGUGCGCGAGAAGGGUUGAAUAUUAGGUGUAGCCAUGUCUACUAGCUGGCGUUCCAGCACUGCCGUUUCAUCACCGCCAAUCCCAAUUCCAAUUCCAAUUCCAAUCCCCAACGAGGAGCCUUCAUCAUUCUCCACCUCCGUCUUCAACUUCUCCUCCGGAAACCCUAGGAUCGAGGAGACCCGCGGCCUCAUGCAUCUCUUCCCCGACCAAGAUUCCCCUUCUACCCUCCCUUUUGGACGCAAACCCCUCGUCUGCGUCGUCGGCGUCCCCAAUCACAUGACCUACGCCGACUUCUGCCAGUUCUGUGGUUCCUUCCUUCACCACAUCCUUGAGAUGCGCAUUGUCAGAAUGGAUGGAACGGAAGAUCAGUACAGCGUUUUGAUCCGCUUCGACGAUCAAGACUCCACCGACAGCUUCUUCAAGCAUUACAAUGGCCGCCGUUUCUCCUCUCUGGAGGUUGAGGUUUGCCGUGUUCUUUUCACGUUGGAUGUGCAGUACACUGGUUCCAUUGAACAUGCCCAACCAUCCAAUGCUACCUCCACUGAACAGCCCACAUGUCCAGUUUGCCUUGAGCGGUUAGAUCAAGACACCAGUGGAAUUCUCACCACUAUAUGUAAUCAUUCUUUUCAUUGUUCGUGCAUAUCAAAAUGGGCUGAUUCUUCUUGUCCUGUGUGCCGCUAUUGCCAACAGCAAGCUGAAAAAUCGAUAUGUUCUGUUUGUCGGACCACUGAGAACCUUUGGAUAUGUGUCAUAUGCGGAUUUGUUGGCUGUGGAAGAUAUAAAGCAGGACAUGCCAUCAUGCACUGGAAAGAGACACAGCAUUGCUAUGCCCUAGACGUGGAAACUAAGCGUGUGUGGGAUUUUGCGGGAGACAACUAUGUUCAUAGACUUAUUCAGUCCAAAACCGAUGGGAAGUUGGUUGAGCUGAACACUCACUGUGUUCAUGCAGAGAAUGGGUGUGGAAGUUGCAGCUGUGAAGAUAAUUCUAUGAGCGAGGCGUUACUUAAUAGUAAAGUUGAAGCAAUUGUCAAUGAGUACAAUGAAUUGCUUGCUACUCAACUUGAAAACCAAAAAUCUUAUUUUGAGUCGUUGUUACAAGAGGUAAAAGAAGAAACUGAGACCAAAAUCUCUAAAGCUGUUCAGAAGGCCGUCAGUCUUAAACAGCAGAAGAUUCAGGCCAAGAUUGACAGAUGUAACAAAGAGAAGAAAUUUCUGGAGGAGGUAAUAAGUUGUAAUCCAUUGUUAAGAAUUUCUUAUGAAAAAUUCCCAUUCCAUAAUCACAGGACCUCAUUAAUAUAUCAUAAGGACAGGAAAUUGUAUUGCAAAUGUUUGUGUGUUUUGUGUCUGCAGCUUAAUGAGAAUCUUGUUAAAAAUGAGGAUGCUUGGAAAGCAAAGUUGCUUGAGAUUGAGGAGAGGGAAAGAAAAUUCUUAAAACUGUCGGAGGAGAGAGUAGCAAGCCUGGAAGAGCAGCUUAGAUAUCUCAUGACUUGUCUAGAUGAUGCGAAGCCGGAACAACAGUUGCCUGAGCAUAACGAAAUCAAAGAUGGGCUUGUGUCUGCCUCAUCAAAGGAAUCCUCGUCAACUAAUAACUCUCAGGUUGGCAAAAAUCCAUAAAUACAAGAAUCAUCCGGCUAAAGUCCUCACACUGAUUUGAAUCAUUCGUGUUAUGUUCAUAAAAAUUGUGCAUAUGGAUCCAUUAGUAUAGAUGUUUCAACCUGAAAUUUUGUUGUUUCGAACUGUGGUGUAUAUCUUGAAUCUAUUCAGUUCUGUAAAUAGAGAGUACUAAUAUUGGAAUAAUGCCAUAAAAACGCAAACAAACAACAAAUCAUGUCAACGAAGGUAUGGCAAAGUCAAUAAAAUUGCAGAUAAAUUUUAUGACGGAUA